AAUCGAUGUUUUCCAUCUACGUCAGUCUCUCUGACUUCAUCCCGACAGUACUUCCUCCAUCCGUCCCUUUACAACCGACUUAACAUCACACAAUGUUGGUUCAAAAAUCGCCUUAAUUUCCCAUUUCUCCGACAAUGCACCACUAACUGAAAAAUGGCCACACAAAACCUAAACGAAACGAGCUACAUUCUCGACCGUCGAAACUACAGCGAGGAAAGGGGUAGUAGUAUCGACUCGAACGAAAAUGCCUUCGACGACAUGAAACAACUAAUAAACGACGAUGAUGGGAGUAAUAAAUCUAGUCUGCCAUGGGCCAGUUUUAAUUUUAUUAAUUCCAUUAUCGGGAGUGGGGUGAUCGGGAUCCCGUAUGCCCUUCAUGAAGCUGGGUUUUUUUUCGGGUUGGUUUUGUUGGUCCUGGUUGCUUAUAUUACCGAUUAUUCUUUGAUUUUGAUGGUGAGGAGUGGGCAUAUUAGUGGCAAGUUUUCCUACCAGGGGAUUAUGGAAGCUGCGUUUGGCAAACCUGGAUAUGUGCUGUUGGGGGUUUUGCAGUUUUUUUACCCUUUUAUUGCCAUGGUUUCGUACAACGUCGUUGUCGGAGACACCGUAACCAAAGUAAUAAUUCGCUUAACAGGAAUCACCCCUGAUUCACUUUUCGCCAAACGCCACGUGAUCGUCCUCAUAGCCACCCUCCUGGUCACAGUUCCUCUUUGCCUCUAUCGAAAAAUAGCAAAACUGGCGAAAAUCUCAUUCGUGAGUCUUGUCUGCAUCGGUUUUAUUCUUUUUGCGAUUUUCGUACGCAUUGGAACCAUGAGUGAGAUUGUGCCUCCUCAUCCGCACGCCUGGUCUUUCUUCAACAAAGACAUCAUUCCAGCGAUUGGAAUUAUGGCGUUUGCCUUUAUGUGUCACCACAACACGUUUCUAAUUUACGGCUCAAUCGAAAACGCCAACGAAAAACGGUGGGAGAUUGUUACACAUAUUUCGCUUUUGACAAGUUUGAUUGUUGCAUUAUUGUUUGGGAUUGCUGGGUAUACGACUUUUACGGCGUAUUCGCAAGGCGACCUUCUUGAAAACUACUGCUGGACCGACGACUUGAUGAACUUCAGCCGCUUGCUCUUCAGCAUCCAAAUCCUCCUAACCUACCCAAUUGAAUGUUUCGUCACUCGUGAAGUCAUCACCAGUUCCUUCCUGCGAAACGACCCCAACGUUCCCAUCUCCGAACGAACACAUUAUUUGAUUACUUUGGCCAUUGUUGGCACCACUUACUUCAUUUCGAUAUCCACCGACUGUUUAGGGGUGGUCCUCGAAUUGAACGGUGUCCUGGCAGCCGUGCCUUUGGCUUACAUUCUGCCAGCUCUCAGUUACCUUCAGCUGGAAGAAGGACACGUUUUGUCCUCGCGUAAAGUUCCAGCCCUUGCCAUUGUCCUUUUUGGACUUACAGUCGCUGUUCUGGGCGUUGUCUUUCUCAUUCUGGACUUCAACGAGAUCGACACUUGUUCCCACGGGAAAGUAAUGGAUUAUUGCUUUCGCAAUGCGACAAAUUCCUCCUUUCCAGAGAAUUGAGCACGGGAUAAAGUCCCAAGGAAAAAUCAAAAAAAUUAUUCUAUUAAAUAAUGCAAUCAGAUAUACAGGGUGACCCAGGGGUGCGUAAUCGCUCUAUAAAUUUUUUGUUACUUGAAAAAUUACCACGCCAACUAAAAAUAUUUUAUUAUACACAAGAUGUUGUAUACAGGGUGGCGACUUCCCAGUAAUUUUCCAAAAAUUGGUCUUUUUUAUAACAAAAAGUUGAAUAAUUCCGAAACGAAAAGAGAUAGACCCAUGAUAGUUUAUAUAAAGUUACAUUAUUUUUUUACGUAGAAUUUAAUUAUCAAAAAAUAUAUUGGGUGUUCUAUUUAAAAAAAUAAAACAACACCCUGUCUAUAAAAAAAAUAUUUAAAGUUUGUGGACAUUAGGUCGUUCUAUCGGAUAAUGAAAACAGAAUGGUAAUAUUUCCAAUAGCAAAAAAGUUAUAGACCGAUUACGCACCUCUGUGUCCACCCUGUAUGAUAUAAUCGACAGUGAGCUUACAAAUGAAUUAUUUUUCAUAGGAUUAUUUUUACGAAUUAAAAAAGUUUAAUAACUAUUGUUGCCAAAUAUUUUGUAUCAAGUGGUAAGGGUGGGCUGAAAAGUGGAUUCUGACCUACUUGAGUAAAUAGUGCGAUAAGAGUUAUAGUAAAGUAAGCACGUUAAUUGAUAAUAAUUAUUGAUAACAAAUAUUUUCAUCAAACAAUCACGAAAAAUGAUACAAUGCAUUUUUGUCGUCUACACUCUGGUUUGUGAUAAUUCAAAUAAAACACCACUUGUUGGCCCACCUUCGUAUACAGGGUGAUUCAAAAGUACCGUACAAUCUUUCGGGGGCUGGUAAAGGACGUCAAAUUGAAUGAAAAGUUCCUAUGACAAAAAAUUGUUUGAGCCUUUUUUCACGAAUUAUGGCCCUUCAAAGUUAAUUUUUUGACAUUUUGACAUUUUUUUACUUUAGUUAGCGAAAAAAAAUUAAUAGUUAAUGUCUAAAGCAAUUAAAAAAUUUGUAAAUUUGAAUCCUAGGAAACAAAAAAGAUACGAGAGUUUGUCUGUUACUUUUGAACCAGCCUGUAUUUAGUGUAAUUAGUAAUAAUAAUUAAAUUUGCUAUUGACUAUUGUGUGAGAUUAGUAAAUAAAAGCAGCCAGUUUAUUUACUAAGGCAAAUCUAUACGAACGUUAAUCUUUAAAUAAGUCUAUUUACUGUAUACAGAGUGUUCCACGUGAUGGGAUCAUUGUAAUUUUGUGCCAAAAUCGACUGUUAUCGACGAAUCACUUGUAUGUGUCGGCGCACUUUUUUUCCAACUACUGCACCAAUAAUGUGAUGUGUUUCUCUGUGACUUGUACUUAGAUGAAAAUUUGCAUUAAAUGGUAUAUAUUUUCA